UUGCAAAUGCAAAUAAAUGUGACAUCAGUGUCCACUGCCCCAUGCCUGCGCUUAUCCCUGCAGCAGAUGGACAAAGGACUUAGAGGGAAGGACUGUUGGGGAUUCGAAUGCAGAGUGAGAUGAUAUUUGCCUUGGUGACACCCUCGGGCAGCAGAUAGAGAAUGAACUGAGGCUUUCUGAUGAGCAAGUGAGCAAAGAAACGGCUCUCUGUCGUCACAACAUUUUCAAGUAUUUUGUGAGGGAGGACAAGUGGACAAACCGGUCGGAGAAACAUUUCCCGGGCCGGUUUAGAAAAGGCAACAGGGUGCAAAACAAAAAAACUUAUCAGCUGAAUAACAUACCGAGAAAAAACAACAGGGAGGUACAAAAGCGUGGGGAAUAUUUUUUUUCAAGUUUUCAAAGAGCACAUUUUUUCUUGACGUUUAUCUUGCCUUUUUUCAUGAGCCAUCGCAGCUGGAAAUAACACGACUUCAGGUGUGUUAUUUCUGCCUCAGACAUCAGUGAUUAUGGUGAUACCAGCAGCAGGUUCAAUCUGAGAAACAUUUUUUUCUUCUGGGUGUGUGUUGCCGUGCACACAUCUUAUCAGUGGAAUACCUUCUUUAUGAUUGUGUUUACGUGUUGAAUCGAAAGCCUGGAGUUACGAGUGCCCUGACCUUAACAAGCUGAAGCGAUAUGGGCUUAGGAGUGGCGCCCAGGGAGUCGGGACUCUGGACAGACUCAUGGCUUUUCUCCAGGGCUGGAUCGAUGCUGGCAGCUGUUGAACACUGGAUCAGUGGAAACACAGGGCCAUUAGGAGACAGGAUUGGAGCUCCUGUUUGAAUCUGGAGUGUUUUGCUGAAUAUAUCAUUUCUUGCAAUUUGCUUAAUGCUUUACACCUAGGAAGGGUCCCAAUUCUUUCACCAUAAAAAUACUUCUCCUUCUUGGGAAUGCAAGCUGUCGCCAUCCUGUAUCGGUGGCCCUACAACACACUUGGGUAACAGGAACACGGGGAGCCGUUCUGGACCUUCUUGGUUUCCUGCUGGUGCUGAAUCUCAGAGCUGUGAGUGAAUCCACAGGGACUUGUUGGGUAACUUGCGCUGGCUGUGCAGCCAGAUCCUUAUUGUAUUUGGUGGAUCCAUGGUGAAGAAAUGAGACCAAGAAGUCUGUGAUGCUAAAAAUCAACAUGGUGGUGCUUAAGAAAAUCUGUCUUCUGCUUCCAUGACUUCUUGAAACGUGAACAUCGUUCACUGGGCUAAACACCUCCGAACUGGUUGACUGGACAGACUUUUGCGAGGAAAGUCAUUGGUACCUGCAUGUUCUUUAUUGGGACCACGCUCAGAAGACUUCAGAUUCAAUCUCUGGACUUCACUGUAAGCAAAUUCCCAAAUGAAGAACUGUAUCUUGGCAAACACAGUAUCGCCCAUGGGUGUGAUAUGGGUUCAUUUGUUGAAAACACUUUCAUUAGAUUACUUCCUGCUAAUUUGUUUAUACUGCUGGGGUUGGAGAGCUUACUGAUUAGCCUUUGAGUAAAACAUGCAAAUCAGGAGGAGGGUAUAAUUUUCCAUAGUUCAGAGACCGAAGAUCACAGAUAUAUCGGAGACGAUGACUGUUGAUCUCAAAAUCUGGAAGAAACAGUUUGCUUGAAGACACUCUUAAAUUAUUGUGAGCCUUUGAAAAAGAAAAAAGCAUUUGGAUUGAUCAGCCUGGAAGAAUUUCUGAAGCUGUGAACUCCUCUCAUGUAAGAUACUGGGUAUAGGGAGCAAAACUCUGGACUGAGCUCCAGACCAGUUCUGGGUUUUCUUGGCUGCUGCGUUGGGACCUGCACCCUUUCACUGCAGACACCGUCCUGACAACAGCCUUGCCUUUCGGAUUUGGUGACCUAAGAGCUUUCUGCCUGCUUCCCUCCCCAGUAGUAUCCAGUAACUGUGAUAUCGGAGCAGGCAAUCUGCCCUGUCUCUUUUUAGGGGUGCAAUGUAUGUCCUGUGCACUCUGGUGGUGCUGUCUUUGCACAGCCUGUUCAAGGGGCGAAAAAGAGGCUCAGAAGUGGAGAAAGUGAAGCAUUCCGACAGGGAGAGAAACUCGCCCAGAGACUGCUGCACGGACAACCACAGCCCAGGAUAUGAAGCCGAGAGCCUGUGCACCAAGAGUAACAGAACCACUUUGAGCAACAUGCCUGGCUGCUGCUACAGUACCUGGGCACAGCCGGCCCACUGGCCAAGCGCUGCCCUCAGCCCCACGGUCAUGUUCAGCACACGCAAGACCUGGGACCUCGGCCACGCCCACACCCUGCAGGAGCUCUGGAAGAAAGACCUCUCAUUGGACGAAAGUGCUGUGGAUUUCCUGAUGAGUGACGGAGAGGAGGGCAGUGCCUUCAUCCCUCUGCAGUCCUCUGUGUUCCCGUGUCAGAGCAUGACCUCUGACCAGCCUGAGCCCAGUGCCCCCCACAACCAGCAGCUCCUCGUACAGGUCAGGCUGGCACCCUCCUGCAAUACCACAGCCGCCGACUGCAAGGCCCUGCAGGAGAAGGUGUGCGAGUUCCAGGCCCGGCUGCUCAGCGAGGAGGCCGGCCGCAAGCUGCAGCUCCAGCGGCUCAGGCAGAGCCACGAGCAGCACGUGCGCGAGAAGCUGGCCCUCAUCCGCAGCCUGCAGGAUGUGGUCCGCGAGCAGGAGGCCCAGCUGCGCAAGGGAGAGGCCGUGGGGAGCCGGCGCUCCAGCCUGGGCAGCAGACCCGUGCCGUCGGUGCAGCGACUGGCGGAGUCCCUGAGCUCGGCGCAGGAGGAGAAGAGCCGGCUGCAGGAGGAGCUGCUCCUCGCUCAGGACAGGCUGCGCUGCCGGGACAGCGAGCAGCAGGCCACCAUCAGCCGGCUGCGCGCACAGGUGGAGGAUCUGAAGGAGAAGCUGCUGCUCCAGGCACAGGAAGUGAACAGGCUGCGAUCCGAGCUGGGAGCAACAGACCUGGAGAAGCAGCUGGAGAUCCUGGUGUCGGAGAACGAGCGGCUCAAGCAGGAGCUGACGCAGGCAGAGGGCCAGGGCGCGUGCCCGGCUCGCGCCGACUGCCGGCACAGCCAGGACGCAGAGGCCCUGCGCUGCCGGCUGGCCCAGCGGGAAGCCGAGCUGCGGGAGGAGGCCGGCCGGGCGGCGGAGCUGGAGGGGCAGCUGGAGGAGGCGCGGCGCGAGGCGGGGGAGCUGGAGGGCCGCCUGGGCCAGAGGCUCAGGGACUGCCAGCAGGCCUUGGCCAGGCAGGCUGCCCAGGCGCCGCACGUCAAGUACGUCACCAGGACGGUGGAGGUGGAGUCGGCCCAGUCCAAACAGGCCCUGUCGGAGGCCCAGACCCGGAACAAGGUCCUGGAGGAGCAGCUGGCAUCCCAGCGGCAGCAUCUUCGAGAGCUGGAGGGGCAGCUGCACGACUCUCAGAGGACCUGCAGCCAGCUCCGCGCCCAGAUCCAGAUGUACGAGGGGGAGAUGGAGCGGGCGCAGGGCCAGCUGGAGGCCGAGAUGCAGUCCCUGGAGGAGGAGAAGAACCGCGUGAUCGAGGAAGCCUUCAUCAGGGCAGAGAGCGAGAUGAAGGCUGUGCACGAGAAUCUGGCCGGAGUCAGGAUGAACCUGCUCACCCUGCAGCCAGCCCUGCGCACUCUCACCUGCGACUACAACUGCCUGAAGAAGCAGGUGCAGGAUUUCCCCUUCAUGUUGGAGACGGCGAUCUCUGAGGCCAAGCAGGAGAUCUGCCAGGUGAUCGGAGAGGUUAGCAGUGCCAACCAGGAGCUCCUGCGCAAGUACAAGAGGGAGAUGACCUUGAGGAAGAAGUGCCACAAUGAGCUGGUCAAACUAAAAGGAAACAUCCGUGUUUUCUGCAGGGUGCGCCCAGUCUGCAAAGAGGAGCUAGACGCCACUGAAGCCAAGAAUAUUGUGACCUUUGACCCAGAUGAUGACGCUGUCCUACACUUAUCGCACAAGGGGAAGCCAGUGAUGUUUGAGCUGGACAAAGUCUUCCCCCCACAGGCCACACAGGAGGAGGUUUUCCACGAAGUGCAAGCACUGAUCACGUCCUGUAUCGAUGGGUACAACGUGUGUAUAUUCGCCUAUGGACAGACGGGAUCGGGGAAGACCUACACUAUGGAGGGGGUCCCAGACAAUCCUGGCAUCAACCAGCGUGCUCUCAGGCUGCUGUUCUCGGAGGUGGCAGAAAAAGCUCCUGACUGGGACUUCACCAUCACCGUCAGCAUGGUGGAGAUCUACAAUGAGACACUGCGGAAUCUGCUGGGCGACAACCCCAACGAGAAGCUGGAUAUUAAGAUGUGUCCGGAUGGCAGUGGGCAGCUCUAUGUCCCUGGACUGACGGAGUUCACCGUGACGAGCGUGGAGGACAUUAACAGGGUGUUCGAGCUGGGCCACAUGAACCGGGCGACGGCCUGCACCAACCUGAAUGAGCACAGCUCCCGCUCCCACGCCCUGCUCAUCAUCAGCGUCACUGGGGUCAACUCCACCACCGGCCACCGUACUGCUGGGAAGCUGAACCUCGUUGACCUGGCCGGCUCGGAGCGCAUCGCCAAGUCGGGCGCGGAGGGCAGCCGCCUGCGGGAGGCGCAGUGCAUCAACAAGUCCCUGGCGGCGCUGGGCGAUGUCAUCCACGCCCUGCGCUCCCGACACGCCCACAUCCCCUUCCGCAACUCCCGCCUCACCUACCUGCUGCAGGACUCGCUGAGCGGGGACAGCAAGACCCUCAUGAUGGUCCAGGUUUCUCCCCUCGACACCAACGUGAGCGAGUCGCUGUGCUCGCUGAAGUUCGGCCAGCGAGUGCGGACAGUGGAGCUGGCCAGCGCCGCGAGGAAGCAGGCGGAGAACUCCUCUGCCUCCUCCUCGCCCACGCACGACAGUGUGGAGCUGGACUCUCCUCCUGUAACGCCGGUGCCCAUACCCAGUGCCCGGGCGAGCAGCCUGACCACCACACCGAUGCCAAUGGCCAGGCCGUCAGGGAGCACCAGGAGGAAGCUGCAGCAGCCGAUUCCAGCAUCGAGUAACAUUUAAAAAAGUGCAGUUACAAGGUCUCAAGGGGAAGGGAAAAUGAAACUCACCGCCUAACUCUGGGCAGCCCUGUGGAAACCCAGAGCCCUCAGUCACCUGUCCAGCCAGAGUGGGAGUCGGAUGGUUCCAGUGAGAUCAAAGAUACUGGACUACUGGGGGUCCUCCAGUCUCCUGGAUUUAGAGUUGGUGAUCUGUGACUUAUUGAAACUGAAACUCCUAGAGAGAAACUCGCCCUUUUGAAUAAGCAUCGGGAAACCUGUGUUCUUCUGCAUUUUGAACUCUUUUGAGCGGGUGCUGCGCAUUUUAUUUUGUUUUGGAGAACCACAGAGGAUACCACUUGCCCUCAAAUGCUGCUAUUCCUCAUUCUUCCUGUGAUAAACUGAAAGGAAGGCGAUUUCUCCAAGGAACUUCUCCAUUCUCUGAAAACGUUGAAGACCCUCUUAAACAGCAUGAAGACAGGGGACCAAAAUGCUUAAGUCUUCCAAUCCCAGAAUCACUCCAGUCCAGCUUUGUUGGAAUCAGAGCUAGCCUUUCCCUCUUCCUGUCUUAGUUUACCCCAUUAGGAAACCUUGUUUUCUACUUUUUAUAAGAAUCAAGACCGGCAGAUGGAGGUACUACACUCACAGUAUUUCUAAGCAAAAUGCACUUUAUUCAGUCUGGUAAGAUGACAUACCUGCAUAUUGUUCUUUUUAUACUUUUUGUUUAAAAUUGUUCUUGCUUUUCUGUUUUUUUAUAUGAGUUCUCAUUCAUCAGUCCAAGUUUGUACACUGAAUAAAGCACCUUGAGGUUGUUAGAACAGCUGGAUUUUUAAUCAUUUUAGAUGUAAAUGUGCUGGAAGAAGAUUGUAUAUCAUAUGUAUAUUGCUCUGUACAAUUAUUACAGUCUUUACAUUUCCAGAGAAUCGUUUAUUAGGAUAUUAAGUAUGAACACCUUGUGGGAGUAAUGGGUUGUGGCACUUAGAAAAUACGGGAGCAUGUCUUUCCUUUACUGCUCUUAAGUGCUUUUCUUCUCAAAAGCAGUUAAACUCAGGAUGUAGAAACAGAAAUAUUUAAAGAAAUUGCAAAUAAGAAUUUUGACAUUUAGAAAUUAAUAGCAAAUUUGCUUCAAAUUACAAAAAGGAAAAUGAACCUCUGUAUUCCCACUUAAGCCUGAAAUCUAUAUAUAAAUUGAACAAUUUCAAAGUAUCAAAAUCCUCAAUUUACCUGGAAUGUAAACAAGUGCAAUAUGCAAAUACUUAUUAGUGUAUAAAUGGUACAGCUGUAGGUUGCUUUUUUGUGCAUAAUGAUGUUUUAAUCAAAAUUAAAAAGCCAUAUUUUUGAAAACCA